AUGUGCAUUCACAAACGCAUGAUCUUCACUGAGUGCGGUCAUAGCCGCUGGGGCAAGGAAGUAAAAGCCUGUGAUCAAGAACUCGCCUUUAGGAUAUCUCCAGCCACAUCCGUCUCUUGCGACACAAUAUAUGCUCAUCCAAUGCACAGUAUCAAGAUUGGUCAGCUUUGCAAGGCAUGUGAAAUCAAGAGAGGUAACACGGAUAAAACAGCAGAAAAGUUGAAGCAGGCAUUGAAAGAUAUCAGGGAAAGUGUUGGAAGAAUGGAGAAGAUGCAAGGAGUGUUUGCGACUGAAAACAAAGCAUCAAUUGAUGAGGAUUUUGACGAUGUGGCGGCCUUGGAAUCAUGGGAUUAG